UGCUACGUUAGUUUCCGAGUAGCUUCUCAUCGAGCAGGAUGGGUAUUCCUUGGUUACUACUAUUAUGUGUUCCCUGGCAAUUCGCAAGUCCUCAAUACCAAAAUGUCGCCAAGGAGUCGACAUUGUUUCUACCUGAUGUAGAACAUUUGAUGUCUGAUCACCAAGAAGUUACAAAUGAUUCGGAUUUCGUUAUACCUCAUAUAGAAAAUAGGAGGAAUAUUCCUUUUAAUGCCAAUAAGGAGAAUGCUAUCCUAACAGCAAUUGAAAAAAUUUUGGACAUCAAACCGACUAAACGACAUAUGUCUGCUCGCACAGAAAACACCAAUACGAAUCUUAUAAAAAUACCAAAUAUUGAUUUAACAUUGGAUAAAGGGAAGAAACCAGUUCCAAGUCCUCCUUCACCUGUGAAUCCUAUUCCAGGCUUACCAACUGAUAUUAUUCCGCCAAAAAUUGAAGGGUCUGGUCUACCAAAAAUUGGAGGCAUUCCGGUUCCACCACCAAUUCAUCCAAUUCAACCUGUGUUUACCAGUCCACUAAACCCAAAUCCUGGCCUUUCAACUGGAGGAGUUCCGAUUCCAGCACCAGGUUCUCCAAGUCAACCUGGAAAUACAAAUCCGGGGUAUCCUAAACCUGGCUCACCAAGUGCAUCGCCCGGAGCUUUUCCGGUUCCAGCUCCAAGUUCGCCUGGCUUGCCUACGAUAAAUAAUGAAGGUGUUCUGGUUCCAGCACCAAGUUCUCCAAGUCAACCCGGGAAUAAAAAUCCGGGGUAUCCUAAACCUGGAUCACCAAGUGUAUUGCCUGGAGGUGUUCCGGUUCAAGCUCCAAGUUCACCUGGCUUACCUUCAAUAAAUAAUGAAGGUGUUCUGGUUCCAGCACCAAGCUCUCCAAGGCAACCUGGGAAUACAAAUCCGGUGUAUCCCAGUCCUGGCCAACCAAGUACAUCGCCUGGAUUUGUUCCGGUUCCAGCACCAAGUUCUCCAAGUCAACCUGGAAAUAUAAUUCCGUGGUAUCCCAGUCCUGGCCAACCAAGUACAUCUCCUGGAGGUGUUCUGGUUCCAGCACCAAGCUCUCCAAGGCAACCUGGGAAUACAAAUCCGGGGUAUCCCAGUCCUGGCCAACCAAGUACAUCGCCUGGAGGUCUUCCGGUUCCAGCACCAAGUUCUCCAGGUCAACCUGGGAAUACAAAUCCGGGGUAUCCCAGUCCUGGCCAACCAAGUACAUCUCCUGGAGGUGUUCUGGUUCCAGCACCAAGUUCUCCAAGUCAACCUGGGAAUAUAAUUCCGGGGUAUCCCAGUCCUGGUCAACCAAGUACAUCUCCUGGAGGUGUUCUGGUUCCAGCACCAAGUUCUCCAAGUCAACCUGGGAAUACAAAUCCGGUGUAUCCCAGUCCUGGCCAACCAAGUACAUCGCCUGGAUUUGUUCCGGUUCCAGCACCAAGUUCUCCAGGUCAACCUGGGAAUAUAAAUCCGGGGUAUCCUAAACCUGGCCAACCAAGUACAUCUCCUGGAGGUGUUCUGGUUCCAGCACCAAGUUCUCCAGGUCAACCUGGGAAUACAAAUCCGGGGUAUCCCAGUCCUGGCCAACCAAGUACAUCUCCUGGAGGUGUUCUGGUUCCAGCACCAAGUUCUCCAAGUCAACCUGGGAAUACAAAUCCGGUGUAUCCCAGUCCUGGCCAACCAAGUACAUCGCCUGGAUUUGUUCCGGUUCCAGCACCAAGUUCUCCAGGUCAACCUGGGAAUACAAAUCCGGGGUAUCCCAGUCCUGGUCAACCAAGUACAUCUCCUGGAGGUGUUCCGGUUCCAGCACCAAGCUCUCCAAGUCAACCUUGGAUUAUAAAUUCGGGGUAUCCUAAACCUGGCCAACCAAGUACAUCGCCUGAAUUUGUUCCGGUUCCAGCACCAAGUUCUCCAAGUCAACCUGGGAAUACAAAUCCGGGGUAUCCCAGUCCUGGCCAACCAAGUACAUCUCCUGGAGGUGUUCUGGUUCCAGUACCAAGUUCUCCAGGUCAACCUGGGAAUACAAAUCCGGGGUAUGCCAGUCCUGGCCAACCAAGUACAUCUCCUGGAGGUGUUCUGGUUCCAGCACCAAGUUCUCCAAGUCAACCUGGGAAUACAAAUCCGGUGUAUCCCAGUCCUGGCCAACCAAGUACAUCGCCUGGAUUUGUUCCGGUUCCAGCACCAAGUUCUCCAGGUCAACCUGGGAAUACAAAUCCGGGGUAUCCCAGUCCUGGUCAACCGAGUACAUCUCCUGGAGGUGUUCCGGUUCCAGCACCAAGCUCUCCAAGUCAACCUUGGAUUAUAAAUCCGGGGUAUCCUAAACCUGGCCAACCAAGUACAUCGCCUGGAUUUGUUCCGGUUCCAGCACCAAGUUCUCCAAGUCAACCUGGGAAUACAAAUCCGGGGUAUCCCAGUCCUGGCCAACCAAGUACAUCUCCUGGAGGUGUUCUGGUUCCAGCACCAAGUUUUCCAAGUCAACCUUGGAAUAUUAAUCCGGGGUAUCCUAAACCUGGCCAACCAAGUACAUCUCCUGGAGGUGUUCUGGUUCCAGCACCAAGUUCUCCAAGUCAACCUGGGAAUACAAAUCCGGUGUAUCCCAGUCCUGGCCAACCAAGUACAUCGCCUGGAGGUGGUAAGGUUCCAGCACCAAGUUCUCCAAGUCAACCUGGGAAUAGAAAUCCGGGGUAUCCCAAUCCUAGCCAACCAAGUACAUCGCCUGGAGUUGUUCCGGUUCCGGCACCAAUUUCUCCAAUUCCACAUUUGGAUGUAGUUAUAAAACCUGACUCUACACGUCUGGAAAUUAUAAAUCCCAACCCAAUUAAUCUUACCACUAUCCCAAUUAUUGUUUUACCUCCACCAAAUAUUUCGCCAAACCGUCCACAUUUAAAUGAUACUACAGGCUCUGCAGGUUUGAAUAUUUCAAAUCCUGACUCACUUAAUAUUUCCGCUCUUCCUGUGGUUGUUAUAAAUGAACUAAAUAUUACAUCAAGCUUUCCAAAUGUGAAUGCAAUUAAUAAUACAGGUCCCCCAAGUCUGGAAAUUCAAAAUCCCGACAAAGUUAAUAUUACCGAAAUCCCAACACUUGUUAUACCUCCACCAAAACUUCCUCCCAUUAAGGAGCCUUCCUUUCCGGCAAACUUCCCUAAUAUUAUCAUUGGAAAACCACGACCCAAACUGGUUCCAGCGCCAACUCACCGUAGACCACCGAUUAGAUUGCCUGUAGGAGCUUCUGCGACUGCAACGGCAACUGUUUCUAGUCGGACUUUAAACCAAAAACCUGGCCUACCAAGUUUAAUGGAACUUAUAAUGCAAAUGUUUGGGCCUCGUACGCGUGAUUUGCCAGAUUUGAAUAUAAUAUCGAACUACCUCUGCGGUUCUUCGCUAGACGAUCAGGUUCUAUAUAAAUGAAUGUGAAGUAGUUUCUAGUGGAGCUUCUGCUCUGAUUUAUUUCAACAAUAAAAAAGAGGUUUAGCAGAU